AGAUUUCUAGUCCAAACGAGGUCGAGGAUUCAACUUCAAAGUCAACUCAAAAAGAAGUUCUAUUCUGAUCCUGUGCAUACCAGUCAGCUUGGGAAAAUGACUGUGCUGAAUCCAAUCUCUAAGAAACCAGAGAAUAAGCAUGGUCAAAAGGAAGGUGUGAGGCUUCAAGUCUUCAACACCAUCUUAUACGAACACAUUGUUGAUCUGGUCAACUCCAAUUACAUCAGUGAAGAGUUGGAGCAACUACAAGUGCAAAUUCUCUCAGUUCGUGUAGCAGGCGAUAUGAGUGUAGCUAGAGUAUAUUGGCAAGCUUCAGGAAAUGCUGAGAGUGAUGAUAAGGUGCAGGGCAUCCUUGAUAAAUACACUGGUAGAGUAAGACAUACCCUUAUCUCACUCCAUGUCCUGGGAAAUGUUCCCAGAGUAUGCUUCUUGAAGGACAAGACGGCUGCAAACAUCGCUGAAGUCAAUCACCUUCUUGCCUCCGCCGACUUAGGACCCAUUGACAAUGAAUCCCCAACAGAGGGAGCCCUCCACGGAAUAGAAUGGCAUGGCUCUAAUGAUGCAGAUCGGCAGGAUGGUUUCACGAGAGAGUGGAAACAUGGUAAAGGAGCCGAGGACAGGUUCAAAGGACCAAACUUCUUUACUGUUGAUCAUGCAGAUGCAUUGGCUCAGAUUGCAAGUCAUAAGAAGCAGGAAUCUCCUAAAGUUCCAGACGGAUUUUCCCCCAUCACAAACUCAAUUGAAAAGUUCAAGGUGUUCCAGAAAAAGAAGAAAAUAAAGAGGAAAAUGGAGGAGUAUGACAUUGACAGCAUCGAUCAAGAGGAGGAUUUUGAAGUGGAAGACCCACGAGAAGCUGAAGAUAUUUAAAUGAUUUAUUUAAAGUUUUGUUAUAUGGUGCAAAGAGACCCAUGUAUUUUCAAUCAUCUUUUUUAUAAAGAAAUUUUAUAUGAUGAAAAAAUUAGAACAUAGUCAUUUUGGGCCCAGGAACAAUUAAAAAAAAGUUUCAUCAAAAUCGGUUAGGAAAUAAGCAAGUUAUGGGAGUUUGAAAACUAUUGUUGGACUUUCUUUGGGGAUCCUCAAAUUGGCAAACAUGCUUCAAAAUGGCUGAUUUGUGGACAACUCUCCAUUUAUUUUGUACACUAAUUUUCAGAUUUUCCUCAUCUUUCAAGUUGCAUCUUGCCUCCUUCUGAGCACAACAUAUGUCAUGGGAAAAUAUAAUUCACACCACAUAUGUCAAGGUCAGGAGGAGAUAAUGUAAAAUAUGUAAAAUAAAGGGGGAAAUCUGAAAAUUUGUGUACAAAAUAAAUGGAGAGUUGUCCACAAAAUCAGCCAUUUUGAAGCACGUUUGUCAAUUUGAGGAUCCCAUAGAAAGUACAAGACUUUUUAAACGUCCGUAACUUGCUUAUUUCAUAACCGAUUUUGAUGAAACUUUUUUUUAAAUUGUUCCUCUCAUUUUACUCUUUCCAAUAAAAUUGCUUCUCUUCUUGAGUUUUGGUUUCCUUUAAUGAAAAGAUGGUUGCAGUGGAGUUUACUGCAACUCUUGGGGGAUAAUGACUGUAUUGACAACCAGAUUCAUUCAUUACUUUGGCACAAAUCAAAAUGUAUGUCAUGCCAAAGAAAACCUCAAUUAUUCAGGCAUAAACCAUGAAUAUUUCAUCAAAUUAUUUGGGAGAGAAUACUCUUUCACGAUACAUAUUGUUUUUGUAACAUAUCUUUUAUGAAUUGGUGGUUUGUGAGGUAAAAAUAAUUUGGACUCAGUUUAUUCUUUCGGAACCAAGCAAAUUCUUUUAAGGUGUAAUCUUCAAGGCACGAUCCCACACCCCAUGAACAGAAAAAUAAAAAAUAAUAAAGGUAUGCUUUACAAGAAGAAA